AUGCCAGGAUAUGUGCAAUUAGCUCCACCAUCCAUUGAUGGACUUGUUGCAACCUGUUUAGUUGCAUCUGGUAUAUUAAAUGCUUCGAUCUGUGGCAUUUCGCUUACAAUAUUUUUGGGUCAAUUAACAUAUUUAUUAUUUCGUAAUGAGACAACAUUAGAAAGUUCAUCAGUUCAAUUUUGUUGUACAAAUAGCGAUAAUCGACAUGCAAUAUAUAUUUCCUAUGAUUUGGGUUCAAUUUGGCAUAAUUUUUGCUCUAUUUUUGGCUAUAAUCCAUUGUUAUGGUUUUUACCGAUACAUACAACUUAUGGUAAUGGCUGCUACUUCAAAGGGGUUAAUCUGAAAAUAAGACAUCGAAAGAAAAUGAAAUGA